UUUUAAUUGGUGUAUGGUUCCUGACGUCAGCCUUGUGAGGUGCAAUAAAAAGAAACAAUUACUUGGCACAUUAUAACCGUUCACUGAAGAUUACAGAUACAAAAGUCAAAUUCCAGAUACAUUUCUUUAAAGAAUACCAAAUCCCUUCUUGAUCCUUGAAAUGACCCUGAAAGCCACUAAAGUUGACCUUCUCAAGUCUAAGAAUGCACGUGAACACCACACCUCCGAGUUUGACAUCCCAAAUCUUAUUGUGAGACGAGGACAAAUGUUCACAUUAAAGAUUGACUUUAAUAGGUCACUUACUGAAAAUGACCGUGCUAUGCUGCAGUUUACUACUGGUUCUCAACCAGUGCCAAAAAAUGGGACUAUGAAUCUUGUUGACAUGAAUUUAACCUCAAAUUUGACAAAACAAUGGAGCACUAACAUGCAACUGAGCAGCACCAAUGAGUACUUGGUUACUGUCAACAGCCCUGCCAAUGCCAUUGUUGGAAAAUACGCCUUGAGUGUAAUAACAGGAAAAGGAAUUGUUUAUAUGCCAGAGGACAGUCCCAUAUAUAUCCUGUGCAAUCCUUGGUGUGAAGAUGACGAAGUAUAUAUGCCUAAUGAAGAUGAAAGGAAAGAGUACGUACUGAAAGACACGGGUUAUAUCUAUGUAGGGUCUGCUAGCAGGAUCUCGGCAAGACCAUGGAACUUUGGACAGCAUGAAAUUGAUGUCCUGGAUUGUUGCAUGCACCUUCUUGAUCGAAGUGGACUUAAAUCUGCAGCGAGGAGGGACCCAGUGAUUUUAUCCAGGAAAUUAUCUGCCUUAGUUAACUCAAAUGAUGACCAAGGAGUACUAAGUGGGAACUGGUCUGGUAAUUAUUCUGCCGGCACUUCUCCUACCACUUGGACAGGAAGCAGCACUAUUUUGCAGAAGUACUAUAAAACUAAAAGACCUGUUCUUUUUGGACAAUGCUGGGUGUUUUCUGGAGUUCUCACCACAGUGUUGCGGUGCUUAGGUAUCCCAGCUAGAAGUGUUACUAACUUUGCUUCUGCUCACGAUACGGAAGAAAAUUUAAACGUUGAUAUUUACUUAAAUGACAAAGGAGAAAAAUUAGACGACUGGACCUCUGACUCUGUUUGGAAUUUUCAUGUCUGGAAUGAAGUGUGGAUGAAGAGGCCUGAUCUGCCCAGUGGAUAUGAUGGAUGGCAAGCACUUGAUUCCACUCCACAGGAACCUAGUCAAGGAGUCUUUCAGUGCGGGCCUUGUUCAGUAACAGCCAUAAAAAAUGGAGAUGUAUAUCUGCCGUAUGAUGCAAAGUUUCUUUUUGCUGAAGUCAAUGCUGACAGGGUACACUGGAUGGUCAGAGAUAAAGAUGGACAAGAGGAUAUCUCUCUAAUAAAGGAGGAAAAAAGCUGCAUUGGGAAGUGCAUCAGCACCAAAGCGCUCAAUAAGAAUAUGAAACAGGAUAUUACAUCGCAAUAUAAGCACAAAGAGGGAUCUCCAGAAGAAAGGAAAGCCGUUCAAACAGCCUGCUCUUAUUUGAAGUCAGAUGCUUGCUUAGUCUUUGCAGCUCCUCCAACCGCCCCACCUGCAGGGAUUAAGUUACAGAUCACAGGCAACAAUGAGUUGCUGCCAGGGAAUCCUAUGUCUCUGAACAUCUCAAUUGAAAAUGAAUCCGAUGAUGCCAAGACUGUGAAUGUUAUAGUUGGCUGCCAGCUACAGACCUACACUGGCAAAGUCAUUGCCAACCUGGCAUCCAUCACUCAGACAGUUGAAGUUGCAGGGAAACAAGCUGCCACCAUCCCUCUGAAUGUGGCUCCAGACUUGUACAUGAAGUCUGUGAUUUUGGUGGAUGACGAGCUCAUUAUAAUGGUCAAUGUUAUAAGUGAAACCAAGGAGACAAAGGAAAAAAACAGGGAGAGCAUGGUUAUAUCAUUCACGUAUCCUGCCAUCACGGUGGAGAUGCCAGAAACUGGAAAAAUUAAUGAAGAUUUCACUUGUACUUUUACUUUUAAGAAUACACUUCAUAUUCCUCUAGAAAAAUGUGAGCUUCAUGUGGAAGGACUUGGCAUAUUCAAAUUGGAGAAGUUCGAUCAAGGGGAUAUACGACCCGGAGGAAUAUUCCGCUCCAAAAUUAUAUGUGCACCAAAGAAAACCGGAGAGAAGAAGAUCGUAGCUGAACUUAUUUCCAAACAAAUCAAAGGAAUUUUAGCCGAAAAGAUGAUUACAAUUACUGACUAGAAAUAAGAGAGGUUUUCCAUGCCUUUGUAAUAUAAUUUA